AUGGUCUUUGUGAUGCUGUAUCUUACCACGCUGUUCUCCUUGGAUGCAUACACCGCCGCGGCGAACAGCCCCUACUCGCGGCGGAACCGGCCCAGCAACAAUCCGAGGUCCUCCUGGGGGAGGAGCGUGGGACGUGGCGGUGGAAGUGGUGGAGGAGGUUAUGGAGGAGGUGGUGGGGGUGGUGGGCCAGGUGGACCGGGCGGGUCAGGUGGCAGCAACUAUCCGAGGAAACUAGGACAGGUUGAUGAUGUCAGGGGGCCGGAGUGCGGUAGCUGCGGGUGA